CAUGCUAAAAAGAAAAAACCGAGAAUCUAAUCACAGGAAAAGCUCCAAAACACAAAUAAAAGAUUCUCACCAUCCAGGAAAAGAAGAGAAAAAAAAACACCAAAGAACUAAAUAUCAAAACCUUCAUUCAUUAAUUUCCUCACUACUUCACUCUCUUCUCCCAACUACUACUUCACUGGUAGUACCUGGGAGUAAGAGCUUUUUGCCCCCACAAUCUGAGCCAAACCAAAUCAACAAAAAUCUCACCAAAAAUUCUUUUUUUCCAAUGGCAAUGUCAUUCACAAUGGGUCUAAAUUUCCUCCUCUUAGUAGCGAUGGUUGCAACCAACCUCCUAUCACUUUACCACCUCUCUUCCACCACCUCAUUUUUCAGCACAAAACUCCCUCAAACUCCCUCCUCCUCAUCCACAUCAGUUCCACCUUACCUCCUCCGCCAACUCCACACAAUACGCGCCACAAUAAACCAUCUCACGCGCCUCCACCCGGUUUCGACACCGAACCCCGGUACCUUAACUUCCUCUAAAACACCCCCUUCUGAUCUCCUAAUCUACUCAAAUCUCUCUCCCAUUGCUUCCUCUUGUCAUGAUUACCCUGACCUUCUUCACAAGUACAUGAACUACACCCCAUAUACUGUCUGUCCUAAAGAUUCCCAACUUGCUGAGUCACUCAUUCUUCGUGGUUGUCACCCUCUUCCUAGAAGAAGGUGUUUCUCACUCACCCCAGUUAACCCUAGACUCUCUGUUCCUGAUUCCAAUGUUAUUUGGAGUGAUUACCCUUCUGCUACUUGUAAGAGUUUUAAGUGUUUAAACCCAAAACUGGGUUUUGAUGUAAAGGCGGAUUCAGAUAUGUUUAUGUCUUAUAAGUCGGAGGUUGAUCUCACCAUUCCUCAGCUCUUAGAUAUAGCUAAGAGGGCGGGAUCUGUGAUUCGUUUAGGGGUUGAUAUUGGUGGUGGGACGGGGACUUUUGCAGCCAGGAUGAAAGAAAGGAAUGUAACUGUGCUCACUACUACUAUGAAUUUGGGUGCUCCUUAUAGUGAGUUUAAUGCAGUUAGGGGUCUAUUGCCGUUGCACGCUCCAUUACAGCAGCGGUUGCCGGUGUUCGAUGGGGUUUUGGACUUGGUUCGAUGUGGGCAUGGUGUUAACCGGUGGAUCCCGACCGCAAUGCUGGAGUUUUUGUUGUUUGAUGUGGAUAGAGUGUUGAGAGGUGGUGGGUUUUUCUGGGUUGAUCAUUUCUUUAGUAAAGGGGGUGAUUUAGAUAAGGUUUAUAAGCCUUUGAUUAAUAAGUUGGGGUAUAAGAUUGUGAAGUGGGCUACUGGGAGUAAGAUGGAUGCUAGUGGAGUCAAGAAUGGGGAGGUUUAUUUGACUGCUCUUUUGCAAAAGCCCAAGUCUAGAUGAUUACAGAAGAUGUUUUUUUUUUUCUUUGUAAGAGGUGUAUCAAAUGUAGAGUUACUAGAGUAUUCAAUCUAUUACACGAGUCCUCGGAGAAGUGUUGCAGCUCAAGUUCAGAUCCUGAGUCAACUUUGGACAUCAACUGUUGAAACUCCAAUCAUAUGUUAUGUAAACUUAGAAAUAUGCCCCAGAAAGGAGAAUCGCAGGAAGGAAAAUGCUGGUCCAAAAUGUAUGUCCAACUGGACAAAGCAAUGUUUAUUCUUUUCACUUUUCUUAUGGCUCAGGACUAGUUUAAGGCAUUCCUGUUAAACUUAGAAAUAAAUAGUUUUCCUUAGUAAUCAUUAUUUAUUGAUAGUUUUAUGUUUAUUAAAAGUGGGAUGACAAGCCUUAAAGAGACAUAGUGCCGUUGGCCGAUCGACCAGAAAAUGGCAGUUCUCUAUAUCAGAGGACCAAGCAAAUGAAGGGGACAUAUACUUGUAGUUCUAUGAUUUUUAUGGUGAUUUGCAUCAUCAUAUUUUUCUAGUGUUGUUCCCUUAUA